AUGGCGAGUUUUGUCAACUACAUCUAUGACAAUGAAUUUGGCAUCUUGGCAAUUACCGAGGCGGGGUUUUCGGAUAAAAAUGCCGCGGUGAAAGCUCAAUGUACUCACGAUGGUUAUAAGCUGUAUGACGUACAUAGAUCCGGCCGUAAUGGUGGAGGUACAGCUUUGAUUACUGGUUCAAAUAUAACUGUCAAGCAGGUUGUAACUCCUACGUGGUGCUAUUUUGGACUCUACGAGUGGAUUGUAAUCAAUGGAUCUUCUCGCUUACGGCUUGCCAUCGUCUAUAGACCUCCUUACUCUACAAAGUAUCCUGUAACAAUUUUUUCCUUUGUUUCCGAAUUCUCCCAGCACCUUGAAUCAUUUGUCUUAUGCACGGAGCCCAUAUUGUUAUGCGGAGACUUUAACAUCUAUGUGGAUUUCCAGGAUAAUCCAAAUGCAGAAUUAUUUCUGGAUCUUAUUGAUUCUUUUGGACUUGCUCAACAUGUGCACUUUGCAACUCAUGUUCAAGGACAUACACUAGGUCUAGUUAUUACCAGAAAAAUGGACAGUAUCAUCCAAGACGCGCCGAUUUCUGGCUCUUUUUUAUCCGACCAUGCGACUGUAUCGUUUAACUUGAAAUGUUUCAAGUCAGAAUCCUCUGCCAAGGUAAUGUGGUUUCGGAAAACUAAAUUUGCUAAUCUUCUCAAGUUUAAGAACGAUCUUCGUAAUUCAGAAUUCUUACUAAAUACUCCCAAACACCUUGCUGGUCUCGUUAAUUGUUUCAAUACCACUUUGAAGUCCAUCAUUGACAAACACGCUUCUUGGCGGAAGAGAACCAUGAUUCAAAGAGCUCAAGCUCCAUGGUUAUCCGAUGAGAUCAGAUCUGUGAAACGUGACCGGAGGAUAGCCGAGCGUAACUGGAGGUCUACAAAGUCUGCAUCUGACCGGAGAACAUUUAAACUUCUUAGGAAUAAAGCUUUCUUUCUUAUGAAUAAGUCUCGUUGCGAAUUCUACACAGAUCUCCUCGGUAACCUUUCUGAUGAUCAACGCAAGCUUUUUGCUGCUACAAAGAAACUGUUAAAUCAACCAGCUGAAACGCCCUUUCCACCACACGGCGACAAGUUAGCCUUGGCGAAUGACAUGGGGUCGUUCUUUGUCAAUAAAAUAUUGGAUCUUCGUGUUAACCUUGAUGCAACUGAGAAUUCGUACAGCAGUAUUACCCACCAUUCUUCUCGCUGUGCUUCUUCUUUUACUGCUUUUCGCCGUGUAGACAUGGACUAUCUGAGGAAACUUGUGCUUAAAGCGCCAACAAAAUCUUGUGUACUUGACCCUGUUCCUACUAACAUCAUGAAAGAUUGCCUAGAUGAGUUACUUCCGAUAUUAUCAACCAUGAUAAACUUGUCGCUUGAAUCUGGAGCUUCUCCUGAUAUUUGGAAAGACUCAGUUGUUUUCACCACUCCUAAACAAAACAAGGUCUUGACUUGGCUUUUAAAGAUCGUCGAAUCACAUCUUCCUAAUCCCCAUUGUUACGCAGAUGACACACAACUCUACAUCGCGUUUAGACCAGGAAAUGACAUGGAGGAAAUCGCUGCCUUAACUGCCAUGGAAUCUUGUAUCACUGAUAUUAGUCAGUGGAUGCAUCUGGCGGAUAAGUUCAAACUGAAUGUGGAUAACACAGAAUGUUUUUUGAUUGGACCGCGACAAGAACUUCAGAAAUCUACUAUACGGCCUCCUGAAUUCACAUAUCAUGAAACUCCAACGGAUACAGAAUGCCACUGCUCGGUUGGUCACUGGAUCACCAAGAUACUGCCACGUUACACCAUUGCUUUUCCCUCUUCAUUGGCUUCCGAUUAG